UACUCAAGAGAGAAUCGGAAGAAAAGAAGAAGAGAGAAAGAUCAUCGAGAACGUGGAUUGCAUCUUUGAUUCAUUGUUCUUGUGGUGAUCUUUGUAAAGACUCGAUUCAAUUAUAGUGGAGUAGUUGCUUGUGUCGUCAAGCCCUAGACGUACGGAUUCACAUCGAAUCCCGAACUGGGUAAACAAAUCUCGUUGUGUCUUUUUUUUGUUUUUUUCUAUUUCAUAAACACACGAGAGAAAUCGAGAGUGUGUGAGGUCGAGAGUGAAACGAGAGAGAAGAAGUAGCCUUAGGAUAUAGCUACAAGUGAGAGAGAUCGAUUCACAACAGCUUUCGCGAAUUCGCGCGUGGACCGAGUGGUGAUCAUGGAUUCUCCGUUCAAUCCUGAUGUCCUCAAAGGCAAGGUGGCUCUCAUCACGGGAGGCGGAUCAGGCAUCGGUUUCGAGAUCUCCACUCAGUUCGGGAAACAUGGAGCUUCCAUCGCCAUCAUGGGACGCCGUAAACAAGUCCUCGACGCCGCCGUCUCUGACCUCCGAUCCCUCGGGAUUGCGGCUAUUGGAUUGGAAGGUGACGUUCGUAAGCCAGAGGAUGCGAAGAGAAUAGUGGAAUCAACUUAUCAGCACUUCGGUAGGAUUGAUAUUCUCAUUAACGCAGCCGCCGGAAAUUUUCUCUCUGCGGCUGAGGAUUUGUCCACCAAUGGCUUCAGAACAGUUUUAGAUAUUGAUGCAGUAGGAACGUUCAACAUGUGCCAUGAAGCACUCAAGUAUCUUAAGAAAGGAGGGCCUGGUAGAGACCCAGCAAGCGGCGGUGGGUCGAUCAUCAACAUAAGUGCUACUUUGCACUACACUGCUUCUUGGUACCAAAUACAUGUUUCUGCAGCCAAGGCAGCAGUCGAUGCUACGACAAGGAACUUGGCAUUGGAGUGGGGAACUGACUACGAGAUCAGAGUGAACGGGAUUGCGCCAGGCCCCAUAGGAGGCACGCCUGGAAUGAGUAAGCUUGUACCUGACGAGAUCCAAAACAAAACCCGAGAGUUAAUGCCUCUCUAUAAACUCGGUGAGAAGUGGGAUAUCGCCAUGGCUGCACUCUACCUCAGCGGUGAUACUGGGAAGUAUGUGAAUGGACUAACAAUGGUGGUAGAUGGAGGAUUGUGGCUUAGCAAACCUCGCCAUUUGGCAAAAGAAGCUGUGAAGGAACUCUCUCGUGUUGUGGAGAAGAGGUCUAGGGCCAAACCUGUUGGUCUGCCGACCAGCAAACUUUAAAGAGUGUUUGUCUUUCUCAUCUCAAACAUUAAGAGUGUGAUGUUGGGUUAUUUGAUUGUAUUACGUUGGAUACAAUACAAACAAAAUGGUGGGUAUUGAGAUUCUGAAGGUUGAAACGUUCUUUUUUUUUCUUUGAACAUCUGAAACAUUCUUUAUUAAUCACAAUGAUUGUAAUGGAUU